GGCCACAAAAAAUUAUAAAGAUGUAAAAACUAACCUCUAAAAUUUUAAAUCAUUUCUAUUAUUUACAUUUGAAAAGAUGUUAAUAGUUUUAAAUUUUACAAAAAAUUUUGAAGUAUUAUUAGUAUAAUUAUACAAAAAAUGUUGAAUGGCGCUUCAUUUAUUUCAAAGUUAUUAAAAAUAUGUCCAUUAAAAAAUAAAAAUACAGUUAAUUCUAGUAUCCGGCAUUUUCGAACAUCUAUUUCCAAUUAUCAUGGAGAAUUUGAAUGGCAAGAUCCCAAAUCUGAAGAUGAAGUAGUAAGAAUUACAGUAAUAUUAAAAACUGGAGAAAAAGUUCCUAUCAAAGGCAAAGUAGGAGAUAAUUUACUAUAUUUAGCUCAUAGGUAUCAAGUUCCAAUGGAAGGCGCCUGUGAAGCAUCCUUAGCUUGUACAACUUGUCAUGUUUAUGUAAAAAGCAAGCAUUCUGAGACAUUACCAGCAGCCACUGAAACGGAGGAAGAUCUUUUAGAUAUGGCUCCAUUUUUAAAGGAAAAUUCGAGGUUGGGAUGUCAAAUUACAUUGACCAAAGAUCUGGAAGGACUUGAGUUGAAGGAAUAUGAAGUCAUCGGGCGUAAGUUGCCCACUGAAAAGGAGAAAAACACUCCUUUAUAUAAAAUGAGAAUAUUCUCUCCCGAUCCAAUUGUGGCUAAAUCACGUUUUUGGUAUUUCUUGAGGCAACUUAGGAAGUUUAAGAAAACAACUGGUGAAAUCGUAUCCGUUAGACUAAUACCUGAAAAGACUCCAGUUAAGAUAAAGAAUUUCGGUAUAUGGUUGAGGUAUGACUCCCGGUCUGGAACACACAACAUGUACAGGGAAUACAGAGACCUUAGCGUCUCUGGAGCUGUAACAGCUUGCUAUAGGGAUAUGGGCGCCCGCCACAGAGCUAGAGCUCAUGCUAUUCAAAUCAUCAAAGUGGAACAGGUUAAAGCAUCUGACACCAGGAGGCCACAAGUUAAACAAUUCCAUGAUUCAAAAAUUCGUUUCCCACUACCCAAACGUAUUCAACAUAGGUCAAUGAAUCGUUUCUCUGUCCGCAAACCCAGAACAUACUUUUUGUAAUAUGUUAAAUGCUGUGGAUAAAUAAAUUCGUUUAUAUA